CAGUUCUCCAUGCUCAAAGGUGCCAUCAAUAUAUUAAUGAAACUCACUGGCAACUUACCGUCUCUACAAUAAAGCUGAGUGCUUUGAUAUAACUACCUAAAAUGAAUUUUGAAAUAUUUUCCGUUGAUGAUUUCAACUUCUCAGAUGUCAACGAAACGAUCACAAUGGAUUAUGGCGAUACUUACUGUCCAGAAUUAGAUGAAACCCCACAGUAUUUCCAUAAGGUUAUUGUACCAAUAUGUUAUUUCCUGGUCUUCCUGUUAGGGGUCAUUGGAAACGGUCUGGUGUUGCUGAUAUUGUUGCGUUACAAGAAUUCAAGAUCUCCAACUGACAGUUAUUUACUACACCUGGCAGUCGCUGACCUCCUCCUGGUCCUGGUCCUGCCCUUCCUUGCAAUUGAGAGUAUUUUUGGAUGGUUGUUUGGUACAUUCCUUUGCAAACUUCUAACUUCUAUCCACAAACUCAAUUUCUUUUGCAACAGCCUACUGCUGGCAUGCAUCAGCAUUGAUCGCUACUUGGCAAUUGUCUAUGCAAUUCAGACACAUAAAAAUCGCAGAGCCAAGUAUGUCCACCUGGUCUGCUCCAUUGUUUGGGUGACAGGUUUCAUUCUACAAAUUCCUAAUUUAAUUUUCUUACAGGUUGAACCUAUGGUUAAUGAAAAUGAAACCAAAUGCAUCUACGUAUCAGCUAGGGCCAAUGACUGGCUUCUGGCUGAACAAUUUUUAUACCAUGGAAUUGGCUUUACCUUGCCACUCAUAAUCAUGUGUUACUGCUAUGCAAAGAUAAUCAAAACAUUGUACAAGACCCAGAACUUUGGGAGACACAAGGCCAUUAAAGUGGUGGUAAUAGUCACUGUGAUGUUUUGCAUUUGUUGGGCCCCCUACAACGUGGCAAAGUUCAUAAAGACUUUGCGCAACCUGGAUGUGAUUACUGCAGAUUGCAGCUUCUACAAAAACCUCAAGUUUACCAUCAUGGUAUCAGAGAGCACCGGAUUCAUGCACAGCUGCCUGAACCCAGUCCUUUAUGUGUUUAUUGGGGCAAAAUUCAGGAAUGACAUCUUGAAAGUUCUCAGAGAACUGUGCUGCAUCAGACGAGCAACUUUGGUAAACUACCUUCAAAAGCAGCAAACUGAGAGGAACAGGAGCAGCUCUGUUUUUGACAAUACUACUUCCUGGUCCACUCUUUAAGUAUGGCAGUAACACAAAAUAAACAAGGUAAUGCAGGGGUGCGGCGCUGUAUACAAAAUAAUUCACAAUAUUUUGAGUGUUAUGGAAAUAAAUAGCAAGAGCCAAUCUUUGGCAAGUAGAUGCCAACUUAGUUCUAGGGUUAGGGUUAUAAAAAUCAAGAAAAGUCAACUUAAUAAAGUAAUAAAAAAUACAAAAUGUUUCUUGGGGAAUUAGAAAUAGAAAGCUAGGGAAGUUAUUUUCAAAAACACAAGGGAUUCUGCAGAUGCUGGAAAUCCAGAGUAACACACACAAAAUACUGGAAGAACUCAGCAGGUCAGGCAGCAUCUGUGGAAAGUCGACAUUUUGGGCCGAGACCCUUCAUCAGAACUGCAAAGGGAGAAGGUUCCUUUUUGUUGUCUCGUCGACUCUUUAUUUUGACAUUGUAACUAUCAAGCAGGACUGAACAAAUGUUGAUGUUUUUACUCGAUAAGAGGAUGAGGAGGUGGCCUGCAUAGAGAUUCAUUAGUGGAAAUCACAUUUUGCGCUAAAGGAGGGUGGAUAUGGUUGUUCAAGUCAAUCAUCUCAGAUGCUGGAUAUUGGAGAAGAGUUCCUUGGGGAAACCAUCUUUACCUUGUUCUUCAAUUACUUUUAUACUUCCAUAGUUUAAGUGGGGCUAUGCACUGAUUACUAUUCAAUUAAAUUUACAACACUGUCAAAAAUGAAGCAGCAUAUGCUUCUGUGUAUUAAGAGCUUGGUAGUAUUCAGGCAUGAACACAGUGACAAGGAAAUUAAAAUCUCCAAUGAAAGAGAAUCUAAGCAGUUAACCUUGACACUGAAUGGCAUUACUGUUAUUACUCUCCACUUAUCUGGAUGAAUGUUCCUCUAACAACAUUCAAGAAGUCUGCCACCAACUGAGAUCAUUCAGUAUGCUUGACUCAUACCCUAUUCACUAACUUACCCUUUCACUCCCACCAUUUUGACCUAUGUGGUGGA